AUGGGGGAUCUGAGGCAGAAGAUGGGGGUCAUGUCACAGGCGAUAUGCCCAAGUUCUCGGGCUCCAUCUGACGAGGACUUGAAGGCCCCCAAAAAUGAGAAAAUGCAGAUGAAGAGAGAAAUCUCCCUCAUAAAUGGAAUCUGCCUCAUUGUUGGGAACAUGAUCGGUUCUGGGAUCUUUGUCUCGCCCAAGGGUGUGCUUAUGUACAGUGGCUCUUACGGGCUGUCGCUAGUGAUUUGGGCUGUUGGAGGCAUCUUCUCGGUGUUUGGAGCUCUGUGCUACGCAGAGCUGGGCACCACCAUCGCCAAGUCUGGAGCCAGCUACGCCUACAUCCUGGAGUCGUUCGGAGGCUUCCUCGCUUUCAUCCGUCUGUGGACGUCCAUCCUGCUGAUCGAGCCGGCCAGCCAGGCUGUGAUUUCACUCACCUUCGCCAACUACCUGGUGGAGGCUUUUUACCCGACCUGCCAGCCGCCAUAUGAUGCCAUCCGGCUCAUCGCUGCAGCCUGCCUCUGUAUGCUCAUCUUCAUUAACUGUGCCUAUGUGAAGUGGGGGACUUUGGUCCAGGAUAUUUUCACUUACACCAAACUGAUGGCCCUCUGCCUCAUCAUCGUUGUAGGAUUAAUGAAAAUUUCUGCAGGAGAAACAAAGAGCUUUGAGAGUCCCUUUGAGGGGUCCUCCACAGAUCCUGGAUCCAUUGCUUUGGCCCUCUACUCCGCUCUGUUCUCCUACUCCGGUUGGGACACACUCAACUUUGUCACUGAGGAGAUUCAGAACCCAGAGAGGAAUCUGCCCCUGGCCAUUGCCAUUUCCAUGCCCAUAGUGACCAUCAUCUACUUGCUGACCAAUGUGGCGUACUAUGUGGUUCUGGACAUGCCGUCUCUGCUGGCCAGUGAUGCCGUUGCUGUGACAUUUGGGAGUGCAGUCCUGGGGCCGUUCAAGUGGAUCGUUCCUAUUUCAGUGGCCAUGUCCUGCUACGGAGGACUCAACGCUUCUAUCAUUGCUGCCUCACGGUUGUUUUUCGUUGGAGCCAGAGAGGGCCACCUCCCCAACAGUCUGAGUCUGAUUCACCUGCAGCGCUACACGCCCAUACCUGCACUGCUGUUCAAUGGGUUAAUGGGUCUGAUCUUCCUGUGUGUGGAGGACGUCUUCCAGCUCAUCAACUACUUCAGCUUCAGUUACUGGCUCUACGUGGGUCUGUCUGUGGCCGGCCUCAUCUACCUGCGCAUCACUCAGCCGGACAGACACAGGCCUGUGAAGUUGACCUUGUUCUUCCCCUUCAUCUACUGUCUGUGUAGCCUCUUCUUAGUCAUCGUCCCUCUGUACGGAGACACCAUCAAUUCUCUCAUAGGCAUUGGCAUUGCACUGUCUGGGGUUCCCGUCUACUAUGUGGCCAUUUACCUGCCUGACGAGAGGAGGCCCAAAUUCAUACACAAGCUAAACGCCUUUGUCACCAGAUACGCCCAGAUGCUGCUCUACUGCUGUCUGACUGAAUUCGACACUGAGACAGAAGCACAAGCUGCCAGUAAAACGCAGUGAGCUGCUGUCAAUCCGUCGUUUAGUUUUUUUCAGUCUUGUCCACGUGUUCAUCACUCCCUGAACGCUGAGAAACAAGGCCCUGCAUGGACAGACGUUCGCCUGCAACAUUCGUGAGGAUUACUUCUCUCAGGUCAAGUUAAAAAAAGGCCUGACAUCUCAAAUGACUCUCCACGAAAGAGCAUUCUUGAGAGACUAUGAACUGUUGCUUUCUUCUGAAAAGGCACCUCACUUUUCUACAGAGAUCCAGGAAUAUAUUUUCUAUGAGGCCCUCAUGAAACUGUGGAAGAAAUAUGGAGCUCACAUUUUACUUCUUAGACUUGUGGGAAGAUGUAAACUGAAUACUUUCUGUCUUAAAUAUACA